GGCGUUAGGACGUCAGUUCAUUCAGAACAGUGGAAGUGCGCGAACCUCAGCACAGCUCAGAAGCUCAGCAGCCCCAAGCCCUCAACCCGGACAAGGAGUCGAAAGGAGUCGGCCUCCCACCUAUCAUAGCCCGCAGAUUCAAUUCAAAUUGGGACACAGAGGACGCGUAGUCCUGUUGUUGCCAGUAAAGUGCUUUCAAUUAGACCAGUUCCUACCUGAAACAUGAGUUUGUCAAUCUCAUUGCGAAAGCUGGAAGGCAAUAGCCAGAUGCUGAUGAUGCUAUUGCUGGUUCUGAGCCCGCUGAUCCUGGGUCAGGUGAUGGCGGUGCCAGCCUCUGUGCUGGCCCAGAACACGGAACUCUCCACCAAUGCCAACAACAAGCUCCAACUCCAGCAGCUGGAACAGCAGCAGCAGCAGCAGGAACAGCAACAGCCGGCAGCAGCGAAACGGUCAGAGGAUACCUCAGCCAAGGCCAUGGUGCCAACGGCCAACAAAAAGUCAAGUCCGGAAAUUGUGCCAUCUUCGUUCAGCAAUUCGCCGCCAGCUAGGAGCUCCAACAAAAUCCUCAGCAACCAGCAGCAGCAGCAGCAGCAGCUGGAGAAGGGUCCAUCCGGCAUCUAUGCAUUGCCCAGCAAUGAUGAGAUCCUGGCCGCUGUUGCCGCAGCCGCCCAAAACAGCCAGCAGCAGGUGCAGGAGGAACCCACAGCAUUGGAGGAGGCGGUGGCCAGCUCCACGAUGCGCAAGCGGGGCAUUAACUACGAUUAUAAUCCGUACAUGGCCCCCAAUGACUAUGGCAGCGAUGUGCCCAACGGUGUGUGGGCGGAUGAGUACGACACAGCAGUGCCCGUCAGCUAUGGCGAAAGGGAUCUGCAGGACCUCGAUGACUAUGUCCCAGAUCGACGAGUGGGCGGAUCGAUUGGCCGGAACAAGGCCUAUGACAAUCUCCAGAAUCUGCUGAAUGCUGAGGCCUAUCUGGAAAGCAUUCCCCUGUCCGUUCCACUGACCUAUGCCAAUCGCAACUACAAUCUGGAUGACAGGAAUAAGCGUGGUGGCCUCUUUUACAACAUGGGCAGCACUGGCGGUAGCAUGCAGGGCAGCACUGGCACUGGCAGCGGUCUCAGCAACGACAACAUAAACCUGAGCAAAUAUCGUCGUUUCAAUGAUAUGCGCCUUAAGCGAGACACCACCAAACUGAAUCCCGCUGAUAUGUUAGCUCUGGUGGCCCUAGUCGAGGCCGGAGAACGUGCGCGCAAGGAGAGCGAUGUGGAGAGCGCUGGACCAGUGCCAAUGAUUGCCUCCGAUGAUAUGGACUAUGUGCCAGCAGGCACAUGGCUCGAUGCCCCUGUACAGCAACAACAGCCCGGCAUGAUGGACUACUACAUGCCCCUGGAGAACCAAAACCAAGCGAUGCCCCAGUACGAGUAUGUGCCACGCCAACACAAGUACAGCGGAGUCAACAGCCGAUUUGGUUCAUCUAAGCAGCGGUACAUGGUGUCCAAGAAGAAGCGAUCUAUUAGCCAAAGCCAAUUCAUGAACGAACCGGUGGCCGAGCGCGGCUCCAGCUACAAUGGCGAGAAGUACUUCUAGAGAGUGGGAGAACGGAUGCAUCGAUAGACUAUAGUGGUACAUAUUUCCCUUUGAACAUUUAUAGAAAAUAUUGAAAACCAACAAACAACAAAAUAUCCAAAACUCAAUUAGUAAUGAGAUAGAGCCAAGGUCAACCUCGUGUGCAAUUUCUUUGUAGAAUUUCAAUUUUAAACCAACUAACAAUUAAACUAUUGACACGAAUACGGUGUCUGUCGACAAAACAUAAUCAAAUCAAUGUUUUAUAAGGCGCAGGACACAGGGUUUUACAUCAACUAAAACUAACCGAACUUAAGUAAACCUAAUCCUAACCCCACUCUUAAUCCAUGUGGAUGUCGAUGUCUAUGGCAACUUAAUGUACAAUGAAUACUAUAACUAAAACUAUAGCGAAACCGAAACUAUCAGUAUCUACGUGUGUGUAAUACUUAUCAAACUAGAGGCUUCCCGGACUAGUAGUACAAAAAUAUAAGAGAAUUGAGGAGACGAGAAGCGAACGCUACAAAUAACGUUAACGAUAACGAUAACGGAGGCAGGCAACUUUAAUCGAGCUCAGAUGCGACAAUUGUCCAUUAAACUGCUUUAAUUUAACAAUUGGAACAUUUUUUGAAGACAAAAGCGCCCUUUGCACUGCGCUACACUUGAACUACAGUACACUCGAACUACACUGAACAGAACUUUUAUAGGCGCCGACUCGAGGGCAAAGAUGAUCGAUCAAAUUGACAUUUGAUGAUGAUUUUAAUAAACUAUAUAUACUAACAGAUAUACAAAAUAUCCGCUAUAAAUAUAUAUGUAUACAAUAUGCAAACUAUUUGUCAAAAUUAAACAAGUGGCUCAGGGCAUAAAUAUUUUAAAUAUUCUAUGCCGAACCGAAUGGAGGAUUGCCGGCGAUAUGGGGAGAUGCGUACAUUUAAUUUGAACGGAAAUUGUCUGA